AGUUCUGAAUGAUAAAAUUCUUCGCCAGUCAAAAUCUCUCUCUCUCUCUCUCUCUCUCUCUCACUCUCUCACAACACACUUUCAGAGCAACAAUGGCGACUACUGUUCCAGAAAACCUAAGCAGAGAGCAGUACGUGUACCUAGCCAAGCUAGCUGAGCAAGCCGAGCGUUACGAGGAGAUGGUUCAGUUCAUGCAGAAGCUUGUGUUGGGUUGCACUCCUGCCUCUGAGCUCACUGUGGAGGAGCGCAACCUCCUCUCUGUCGCUUACAAGAACGUCAUCGGAUCUCUCCGAGCCGCCUGGCGCAUCGUCUCCUCCAUCGAGCAGAAGGAGGAGGGUCGCAAGAAUGAAGACCACGUUGUCCUAGUCAAGGAUUACAGAUCCAAGGUCGAGUCCGAGCUUUCUGAUGUCUGCGCCAGUAUCCUCAAGCUCAUGGACUCCAACCUUAUUCCCUCUGCCGCUUCCAGUGAGUCCAAGGUCUUCUAUUUGAAGAUGAAGGGUGAUUAUCACCGUUACUUGGCUGAGUUCAAGGUCGGUGAUGAGAGGAAAUCCGCCGCUGAGGACACCAUGAUCUCUUACAAGGCUGCUCAGGAUAUAGCGGCUACGGAUCUUGCAUCAACACAUCCAAUUAGGUUGGGGUUAGCACUCAAUUUUUCAGUGUUCUACUAUGAGAUUCUCAAUCAAUCUGAUAAAGCUUGCAGCUUGGCCAAACUGGCAUUUGAGGAAGCAAUUGCUGAGUUAGACACUUUGGGAGAAGAAUCGUACAAGGACAGCACCCUCAUCAUGCAACUCCUAAGGGACAACCUCACCCUUUGGACUUCAGAUGCGCAGGACCAGUUAGAUGAGCCAUAGAAGGCGAUAUAUAAAUCUGAGCAAGCCUUUUCUUUUGGAAUAGGAAUGUUAUUUAUUUGUGGUGAUUGGAAGUGUGUUAAGUCUUGUAAAUUGGGGGUCAGCAUUGGACGUGAUACUCCAUAUUCAGACCAAAAUUGUUCUUAAAUAUAUUUACUGAUGUGGAAUGGUGGAAUUUGAUAGCGAAGCUAUUUAAUUAGCUAUGCUCUAUAAAGUUUUUGCUUAUUCAUAUCA